GAAACUUCAAAACGAGUAACAGCAAAUUAGCCUUGAUAAAAGCCUUCCACACAAUAGCUCCUUCACACACAACAUGAAAAGCUAUUUAUUACUCACGUGUUGUCUUUUGGCGCUUGUAACAUACAACAACGCUGCUACCCUGCACUUUCGGGCCAUCGAUAAUACUUUAUACAGCAAGUAUCUAUGCUUAUCAAAGCAAAAUGGUUUUCAAGCAAUAGUACCCGGUAGUUGUUCACAAUACUACCAAUGCCAAAAUGGUGUAAGUAUGUUAAUGACCUGCUCUAAUUACUACAAUCCAGCCACUAACGCAUGCUGUCAAAAUAACCCUGGAUGUGUGGAAAUUCAACCUGAUGAUCCCACACCACCAACAGGUUGCAGUGGAGAAUGCUGUACGCAAUAUAGUGGUUAUAUAGUGUCAACAACCAAUCCUGCACAAUAUUAUCUUUGCAAAAAUUUCGGAGUUGUAUCAUCAGGUACGUGUCAGAGUGGGCAAGCAUUUAAUUUAGCAACUUUACAAUGUGAUGUUGCGUCAUCGUGCACUGAAGACUCCUGUGUCACAACACCAUCUCCAUGUACAACAUCACCUCCCCCAUGUACUACCACAACCUGCGCUCCAACAACAACUGAACCAUGUACCACCACAACUUGUACGCCAACAACAACAAAACCAGUUACCACCACAACUUGUACGCCAACAACAACAGAACCAUGUACCACCACAACUUGUACGCCAACAACAACAAAACCAGUUACCACCACAACUUGUACGCCAACAACAACUGAACCAUGUACCACCACAACUUGUACGCCAACAACAACAGAACCAGUCACCACCACAACUUGUACGCCAACAACAACAAAACCAGUUACCACCACAACUUGUACACCAACAACAACAAAACCAGUUACCACCACAACUUGUACACCAACAACAACAAAACCAGUUACCACCACCACUUGUACGCCAACAACAACAGAACCAGUCACCACCACAACUUGUACACCAACAACAACAAAACCAGUUACCACCACAACUUGUACGCCAACAACAACAAAACCAGUUACCACCACAACUUGUACGCCAACAACAACUGAACCAUGUACCACCACAACUUGUACGCCAACAACAACUGAACCAUGCACCACCACAACUUGUACGCCAACAACAACUGAACCAUGCACCACCACAACUUGUACGCCAACAACAACUGAACCAUGCACCACCACCACUUGUACGCCAACAACAACUGAACCAUGCACCACGACAACUUGUACGCCAACAACACUGGCACCGUGCACAACGCAACCACCCUGCGAAACAGUAACUCAAGCAUUACUUAUAGCACCACUAAACCCCGUAGUGCAUGUUAGACCACAAAUUCAGCAACCGCAAAUAUUACCACCGCAAUCUCAUGAAUCCAACCUGGAUCUUUACAAUAAGAUUGCCUGCCAUGACAAGCCAAAUGGUUUCAUGUAUGCUUCUCUAAAGAUCUGUAACGAUUACUAUAUCUGCCGUAACGGAAAAGCACUUCCCGUAAGUUGUGGCGACAAAUACUUCAACGCAUUAAAGGGAAUGUGUGAUUUGCCCGAAAACAGCGGCUGCGUGCAGCCCUAUCAAAAUAAGCGCCAAGAUUGAGUAACAAAGAAUCUUAUACUAUAUAUACAACCCAU